AUGUCUCUCGACCCAGCUUGGGCACCAGCAAACCAGACGAGCUUUGACCUCUGGGUCGAACGCUCAUCACUUGACGGCGUCAUGUUAGGUGGCGUUGCAUACGGCGUCCACUUGACACUUUUUUCCUUAUGCUUCAACAUGAUAUUAUCAAUUAAGAACAAGGCUAUGGUUGACUGGCUGAAUCUCGGAUAUAUUUGUCUUGUCUUCGCUCUUGGUACCCUCGGAAACGCUCUCACAUUGAAGUGGUGCGAAAUGGCAUUCGUUGACAACAUCAAUUUCCCCGGUCGACCGGUUGCUUUCAGUCUGUUAGAGAACACAGACUGGGUCUAUGUGGUUUUUAACGCUGUCUACAUUGUCAACCUGUGGUUGUCCGAUGGUCUUCUUGUACGUAUAUGUUCCUUUGCUCAUAGUAUACCUCGUGCUGUUCACUGCUGA